UGACCUAAUCUUGACUUCUUUGUACAUCACAUAGGAUUGUAUAGGAGCACUUGAUGGUACAGAUAUUAGAGCCACUAUUCCAAAGGAAAUGCAGCAUGCUUUUCGUGGUAGAUACAAGCAUUGUACUCAAAAUGUACUGGCAGCCGUAGAUUUUGACCAAAAGUUCACCUAUGUGUUGGCCGGAUGGGAGGGGACAGCACAUGAUGCACUAGUUUUACGUGAUGCUUUAUCACGUGAGGGUGGCCUUCGUGUGCCACAAGGUAAAUAUUAUCUAGUUGAUGCUGGAUAUGGAGCGAAACCAGGAUUUUUACCCCCUUUUCGGGGUGUACGAUACCACUUGAAUGAAUGGGGGAGUAAUCCGGUGCAAAAUGAGAAGGAAUUGUUCAACCGUAGGCACUGCUCAUUGAGAAUAAUAGUUGAGCAAGCAUUUGGGGCACUGAAAAGGAGAUUCAAAGUUCUUGACGAUGCCUCUCCAUUUUUUCCUUAUGAAACUCAAGUUGAUAUUGUUGUUGCUUGCUGCAUUAUUCAUAAUUGGGUGAUUGAAGAUGGGAGUGAUGAGUUCAAUGUCCCAAGUGACAACGAUGAGGACACCCAGCAUACCACAUAUGCUGGGACAGCAAGUGAGAAUGCCAUUAUGCUAGCUUUUAGGGAAGGCUUGGCUGACCAAAUGUGGGCAGAUCGUCUAAGCCAUGGAAACUAGUGUUGGUCAAUGUAAUUUGUGUUGUAUUUCAUUUGUUUGGACAAUGUAAUCUUUGUAUUUGACGGCUGAAAUUGUAUUUGAGGACAUAUUUGUUACAAAUAAUUGAUUGCUUCUUGUUGGCAUUA